AUGAGUGAAGAACCAGGAACUCUAAGAGACAAAUUAAAUGCAUUUCUUUUCAAGUAUAGGAGUACACCUUUAAAUAAUGGAAAAACACCAGCUGAACUUCACAUGAAUAGGAAACUACGAACUCGACUUCAUUUGAUUCAACCUCCUAUUGAUAAUACAGAUACACAAGAAACGUUUCCAGUUAGAAAAUUUUACCCAGGAAGUAGAGUUCAAGCUCGAAAUUAUUCCGGUCCUGAAAUGUGGAAAUUUGGAACAGUUAUAAAGAAAUUAGGAAGAUUGCAUUAUCUCAUAAAACUUGACCAUGGGUAUAUACUUAAGAGGCAUAUCAAUCAGUUAAGGGAAACUGAAGUUUUUGAUACAACACCUCCAGGAAUGGGAAAAUCAUGGAAUUUCACCCCGAAAUCAGAAAAAACUAGUACAUUCUCGAAUCUUCAUAAACCAGAAGACAUGCAAGGUCAAGAACAUGUUACUUCAGAUGAAGUAUUUGAAGAAACGCAGAAUAAUAGUAGCAUUGAAGAGCAUCCCCCAGGAAGUCAUAGGGACUCUAAUGCAGGAGAGGCAUCCAGUAUGCAACCUUUGCGUCGUUCGCGACGGGAAAGAAAACCUAUUGAUCGUUUGAAUUUGUGA